AUGGCCUUGGGAAAGGUAGCAUUGGCUGCGUUCGCAGCCUGUACCUCGCUCGUCCAGGCGGCAUCCAGAGACCAAUGGAUAUCCAGAUCCAUCUAUCAGAUCGUGACUGAUCGCUUUGCCCGCUCGGAUAACUCGACCACUGCUCCAUGUGAUGCCCAAGAGGGAUACUACUGUGGAGGAGAUUUCCAAGGCAUCAUCAACAAGUUGGAUUAUAUCCAAGAUUUGGGGUUUUCAGCACUAUUCAAUCUGUUAGCAUACCAUGGGUAUUGGCCGAGAGAUCUCUAUAGCAUCAACUCCCAUUUUGGUUCCCCCGAAGACCUCAAGGCGCUCUCCGAUGCUCUCCAUGCUCGUGGCAUGUACUUGAUGUUAGAUGUCGUCGUCAAUGACAUGGCCUGGGCUGGAAAUGCAUCGACGGUCGAUUACAGCCAGUUCAACCCCUUCAACAGCGAGGAGUAUUUCCACCCAUAUCGACUCCUGUCGGAUGAUCCAUUGAAUGAAACCUGCGUCAUUGAUUGCUGGCUUGGGGAUACGAUAGUAUCGCUUCCAGACGUACGAACCGAAGAUGACAAAGUAGCAUCCAUGCUCUAUUUCUGGAUCACGGAGCUGGUAUCUAAUUAUUCAGUGGACGGAUUGCGUAUCGACAGUGUAUUCAACGUUGACCCCGGUUUCUGGCCUGAUUUCAAUAGUUCAGCUGGAGUCUUCUGCAUCGGGGAAGGUAGUACGCGCAAUGCUACCGAGUUGUGCCCUCUGCAAGACGGUCUCAAUGGCCUCUUGAAUUAUCCUCUGUAUUAUAUCCUGACGGAAUCUUUCAAUGACACUGCUAGCGACCUAAACACUGUCGUUCGAGCUAUGGAGUUUAUCAUGAUCCAAUGCAAGGACAUAUUUGCAUUAGGGACCUUCACGGAGAACCAGGAUGUUCCUCGCUUCGCAUCCUAUACCCAAGACUUGUCUCUGGCCCGAAACAUCAUAACCUUCAAUCUCCUUGGUGAUGGAAUACCCGUCUUUUACUAUGGCGAAGAACAACAUUUGUCAGGCGCAUACAAUCCCGUCAAUCGGGAAGCGCUCUGGCUCACUGAUUAUUCGUGGAACACAACGUCUCUCCCCUUCCUGGUAAAGUCCCUGAAUCGCCUCCGAUCAUACGCUGCGGUCAAUGGGACGCAGUUCACGGCAGCCAACGAACCAGGCAACGACUAUCUCACCUUCAUCAUGUAUCCGAUCUAUAACAGCACCCACAUUCUUGCCCUGCGAAAAGGCUUUGUCGGCAAUCAAGUUAUCAGCGUCUUGUCUAAUUUGGGCACAUACCCCGACGGCAACGUCGAGACCAAGAUCGUACUGAAUGCGACCGGCACAGGAUUCCAACCGGGACAGAGUGUCACCGAGAUCCUUUCAUGCCAGACAGUCCUCACCGACGAAAACGGCAAUCUGGAUGUGGACCUCCACGACGGCGGACCGAGAGUUUACUAUCCUACUGACAGCCUCAAUAUUUAUUCCGACCUCUGCGGACACCACGAGGCGCAGCCGGCGACGUCUGGAAAUUCCAGUUCUGGUACGUCGCCGAAGAAGUCCGAUGGUUCCCUGUCAACAUCAUCCGACUUGCUGAAUGUCCUGUACGCGGUGUCGAGCACCCUGUUCCUUGUCAUGGGCUUUCCCGUUUGA